UUACGUUCAGACCCCUACGUGCGUUACGUUCUGCAGACACGCGCAAUGAUAGCCGGAAGCAUCGAUGGGAGGAAAAUAAAAAUCGAUUACAUCCACUGCAAUUCGCGAGUGUAAACCUGUCACUUAAUGUCCUUUUCGCGACCGUAGGUGCGAAGUUAUCAGCUUUUUAUACUGCCAUUGUGUUGGAGGGGACGGUAGAGAGCAGAAAAGCUGCUCCAUUUGAACGAAGUUGCACGGUAGGGGUUUAGCUGACGUGUGGAGAAGUUGAGACUGCCUGGGAGCAGAUAAACAAACAUAAACAAGCAGGGAUCAGCUGAGCGUCUGUCCGAACCGAACCAACCGUACGGAGAGAUGUCAGGGAGAGCGAGUUACCUCUUUUCAACCUAAGAAUGAUCCGCAGGAGACCGUGACUUCCACUGAUACUAGCUCCAUGUCAACUGUCAACACUGGCACACAAAGAAUUUCGGAAACACAACACGAGGACCAACCAUAGGCUUUAGCAGAAAGCCCACUGCCACUGUCUCUUUGUCAAGACAUAGCCAGGCUAGCAUGGACAACUAAUGAGUUUACCUUCCAGUCUUCAGCUGUAACGAAACGAAUACAUAUCACAAUAAAAGGAGACAGAGGUAUCAGAAGUGGGAUUAACAUGGCCCACCAGGCAACCCCUAGCUCCCAGAAGGCCCUGAUGAUGGAGCUGAAGUCUCUGCAGGAGCAGCCGGUGGAGGGCUUCCGCAUCACUCUGGUGGAGGAGUCUGACCUCUACAACUGGGAAGUGGCCAUCUUCGGGCCCCCAAACACCCUGUAUGAAGGAGGCUACUUUAAGGCUCACAUCAAGUUUCCAGUUGACUACCCAUACUCACCACCGACCUUCCGCUUCCUCACCAAGAUGUGGCAUCCCAACAUUUAUGAAAACGGAGAUGUGUGCAUUUCCAUCCUGCACCCUCCUGUUGAUGAUCCUCAGAGUGGAGAGUUGCCCUCUGAAAGGUGGAACCCCACCCAGAACGUCAGGACUAUCCUGCUCAGUGUGAUCUCUUUGCUCAAUGAGCCCAACACAUUCUCUCCAGCCAAUGUGGAUGCCUCUGUCAUGUUUCGCAAAUGGAGGGACAGUAAAGGAAAGGAUAAAGAGUAUGCAGAGAUUAUCAGGAAGCAGGUGAUGUCAACAGCAGCAGAGGCUGAGCGUGAUGGCGUCAAGGUGCCGACCACACUGGCAGAGUACUGCAUUCAGACCAGAGUUCCGUCCCAGGACAGCAGUUCAGACCUUCUCUAUGAUGACCUCUAUGAUGACGACAUGGAGGAGGACGAUGAGGAGGAAGACGAGAGUGAGAUGGAGUCCAUAGGUGAAGCUGGGGGGAUCUGCGCCGUCGAGGAUGGUGGAACGUCCACCAGACAUUACGACAACCAGGACGACUCCGGCAAUGAAGACUCGUGAUGAUCUGGAUGAUAACUGCUCGCUGCCAACUCCCCUACCGCCCCUCCCUUUUUUUUCUUUUUUUUUUUAUGUUACAAUUUUCUGUGUGUGUGAGCGUGGCGUGUGUUUGCACUUGUUUGUGUGUUUGCACAUACAGUGGGGUCAAAAGUCUACUGCCAAAAACAUUUCAUCAUUUAUUAAACUAAUACCAA